AACGCCCAUUAAUAAAGUGCGUACUUUGAAUUGACGCUGCUGAUCAUGGGUAUUGGCCAAAGUACACUUUUCUGCUUUAACUUGAUCUAUCCUCCAAAUGCCUUUGAAGGGCAUAAAAGUUUUGGAGUUUGUAGGCCUGGCGCCUGGUCCAUUAUGUGGCAAAAUACUUGCCGAUUUUGGAGCCAGUGUUACACGGAUUGACAAGAUGCUGGACAAUCCCUUGGAUGUACUUUACCAUGGUAAAUCCACGCUGGCUGUGAAUCUGAAGAAGGCCGAAGGUCAGAGGAUUGUGCGACAACUGGCAAGCAAAUAUGAUGUGAUUGUGGAACCGUUUCGACCUGGCGUCAUGGAAAAGUUGAAUUUAGGACCUGAAGAAUUGUGCGCUGAGAAUCCACGACUUAUAUAUGCACGUCUUACGGGCUUUGGACAGCACGGACGCCUUGCACCACGAGCUGGCCACGAUCUCAAUUAUGUUGCAAUCUCUGGCGUGCUUUCAAUGUUGGGCCGUCAAAACCAGAAUCCUACUGCACCUAUUAAUUUUUUGGCGGAUUUUGCAGGUGGAAGCGUGAUCUGUGCACUGGGCAUUUGUUUGGCAUUGCUGGAACGUCAUAGAUCCGGACGUGGUCAGGUUGUGGAUGCGGCAAUGGUUGAUGGUGCCGCAUAUGUGGCUAGUUGGCUGUUCAUGUCCAGACAUCUCAGCAUUUGGGGCGAGAGUCAACAACGUGGAGCAAAUGUGCUGGAUGGCGGCGCCUAUUUCUAUGACACAUAUAAAACAAAAGAUGGACUCUACUUGUCGGUGGCCGCAUUGGAGCCGCAAUUCUUUGAGUUAAUCAAGGAGCGUUUGCAAUUGCCACAGGAACUGUCGCAAUAUGGAGCAGGGAAUCAAGUUCUAGGCAGACAGCUCUUAACCGAUGCGUUUCUCACUAAAACCCAAGCCGAAUGGUCAUCGAUAUUUGAAGAUGUGGAUGCUUGCGUUUAUCCCGUGGUCGAUUGGCAAAAAGUCCAGGAGCAUGAUCACAAUGCGACACGGAAAUCAUUUGAGAAAGUCGGAGACUCUUUUGCACCGCGUCCAGCGCCACGUUUGAGUCGCACACCUGGCAAAUUGAUGAAUAACGCUCAAAAUGAUCUGAAAUCUGUGAUCGAUGAACUGAAUUUAAAACCCGAGCAGCUGCAGCAACUGCAAAGUGACGGCGUUCUGACCUUACCCAUUAAGCCAAAACUUUAAGCAAUUAAAUGUAAUUUGUAAAUAAAAGACAUUGUGUUUUGUUUUCUUGCA